UCCCUGCGGCUCCUUCCCGCCCCGCCGCCCUCCGCGGCCAGUCCCCUGCCCCUGGGCAGAGCCCAUCUGGUCCGCUGAGCAGGUAAGACGCCGGAGCCCGAGCUUAGAAGGCAGCAAGAGUCGCCCGUGGGAGGGGACUUUGGGGGCUGGCGGGGCUCAGAGGCAGGCCAGAGGGCCCAACGUGGGAAGUGUCAGUCGUCCUCCGCGUGGAAAAAGAGGGAUCGACGAGAGGGCGCCCCCUGGGGAUCCGACGGGGGAUCCGGCCUGAUACUUUCCCAUUUCUGCUACUCCCUGCCACGGCCCCAGGAAUCUGAAGCCCCAAGGUGCAUGUGGCACAAAUUUCAGGAGAGAAGGCUAGCUUGAAAGAGCCCAGGGACAUCUGCGCCCCCUCUCUCCGGGCCCCCCAGAGCUGUCACGGGGAGCAGAGGAGCCCCCACACACACACCUCGAGGUGCGGGAUGGCCGAACCCAAAGAACAGCUGCCGGAGGAGGUGCUGGCCCUCAUCUUCCGCCACCUGCCGCUAAGGGACCGUGCCGCUGCCGCCCAGGUCUGCAGAGCCUGGGCCGCUGCCGCCACCUGCAGCUCGGUGUGGCACCACACAAACAUCAGCUGCCACUGGGAGCUGGAAGGCGUGCUGCGCUCCUACGUGUUCGCCUGCCUGGACCACGUUCACGAUCUCCGGCUGGACUUCGAGCCCUCCAGGAAGCCGAGCCGCUCAGCAGCCGUAGAGCUGCUGACGGCGCUGGCGGGCCGUGCCCCCGGGCUGCGGAGCUUGUGCCUGGAGUGUCACGGCGAGAAGCCGCUCUUCGACGCUGGCCGCGACGUCCUGGGCGCCGUGCACGCCGUCUGCGGGGCCGCCCGCGAGCUGCGCCACCUCGACCUGCGCGGCUUGCCCUUCACGCUAGACGACGGGCUGGUGCUGCAGGCGGCGCACGGCUGUCCCGAGCUCCACAGCCUUUUCUUGGACAACCGUACACUGGUAGGCAGCGUGGAGCCCAGCUCGGUGCUGCAGCUGCUGGAGGCCUGCCCGCGCCUGCGCGCCCUCGGGCUGCACCUGGCCAGUCUGUCGCGCGCCGCCCUCGAAGCGCUAGCCGCUCCCAACCGCGCGCCUUUCGCGCUUCUCGCCCUGCGAUGCGCGUGCCCUGAGGAUGCACGCGCAUCCCCGCUGCCCGAUGAAGUCUGGGCUGCCGUGCGCCGACGCCACCCUGGGCUGGCCGUGGAGCUGGAACUGGAGCCGGCGCUGCCUGAGGAGAGCGUCACGCGCAUCCUGCAGCCAUCAGUGCCCGUGGCCGCGCUGCGCCUCAACCUCUCGGGCGACACCGUAGGCCCCGUGCGCUUUGCCGCGCACCACUACGCGAAAACCCUGCGCGAGCUGGAGGUGCGCGCCGCCGCCUCGGCAGCGCUGGACCAGGCGCUGGAGGAGCUGGCGGCGCGCUGCGCGGACCUGUGCGAGGCGCACUGCUUCUGCGUGGUGAGACCCUCCGUGCUGGACGCCUUCCGCGCGCACUGCCCGCGCCUGCGCAGCUACACCCUCAAACUGAAGCGCGAGCCACACCCCUGGCGGCCCACGCUUGUGGCGUGAUGGGGCACCCCCCACGCCCGCAGACCGAAGCCUUCAGGGACGCCGGCUGGGGAUGCCCGGGCGCACCCCAGUUGCUAGCCCUUUCCUUCGGAAUUCUGUUUCCUGCUGACCCUCAGGGGAUUGGGGCCUGUGGGAUGGCACCCAGUCCCGGGUGCUCUGAGCCCACUCGGCGCUCUCAGCCCGGGCCGAUUGCCGCUGUCCUGGGCUCCUACUGGGCUCAUCCAUCCCAUCGUUCUGCGGACUGCCAGCUCUGCGCCCAGGCGUGGGGGGAGGGAGGGAGGGCCUCGGCAGGGGCCGGGCCUCCAGGCUGAGAGCGAAAUA